AGCCUAAAGAAAUAGAAAAAAAUAGAAAAGCUGAAAAUCAUGAGCUUCCCAUUUCCGUAGUGCCUAUAUAUCCAUCACAGACCUUCAAUGUCCUCCAUUUCUCUCUCCCAAACCUCUCCUUCUCUCUCCAGAAAGACACAUUUUUUAAUCUGGUAAUACUCAUCUGUUUGAUAACUGAAUUUGCAUUUGUUAAUCACCAUUGAAAGAACAAACAAAAGGAUUGGAGGAGGGAUAUAUGGAGAGGAGGUUGAACAUGCCCUCUGUUCUUAUUUUUACUGUACCUCCUCUCAGAUCUUAAUUUUCUGCAGGAUUUGGCAUCUGGGUUUUCAUUAAUCUGCCGGUGUGCUUAAUUCUGGGUCCAGUAUUUGAUCGGUGAAGGAUCGGAUGUUUCUAAAUUGAAUCCAGGAAUACUUGUUUUUGAAUCGAAAUUACAAUCUGUGUUCUUAGGAUUUCAAAAAUAAGAGAAAAUGCAAUCCGACAGUGGUAAGUUGUUUAUCGGCGGCAUAUCUUGGGAUACAAAUGAGGAGCGGCUGAAAGAGUAUUUCAGCAGCUUCGGGGAGGUGGUAGAGGCUGUGAUCAUGAAGGAUCGGACCACAGGCCGUGCUCGUGGGUUUGGUUUUGUAGUAUUUUCUGACCCAGCUGUGGCGGACAAUGUUAUAAUGGAGAAGCACAACAUCGGUGGAAGGAUGGUUGAGGCAAAGAAGGCUGUUCCCAGGGAUGACCAGAAUAUUUUGGGUAGAAGCAGUGGCAGCAUCCAGGGUUCUCCAGGUCCAGGUCGCACAAGAAAGAUUUUUGUUGGAGGUUUAGCAUCCACUGUCACGGAGAGUGACUUCAAGAAGUACUUUGAACAGUUUGGAACAAUCACGGAUGUUGUGGUGAUGUAUGAUCACAACACCCAGAGGCCGAGAGGCUUUGGAUUCAUCACUUACGAUUCUGAGGAUGCAGUGGACAAGGUUUUGCUUAAGACAUUUCAUGAACUGAAUGGGAAAAUGGUUGAGGUCAAGCGAGCAGUUCCGAAGGAGUUAUCACCUGGUCCCAGUCGCAGCCCUCUUGGAGGAUACAACUAUGGUCUGAGUAGGGUCAAUAGCUUCCUUAAUGGCUACACUCAGGGGUAUAAUCCAAGUACAGUUGGAGGCUAUGGACUUGGAAGAUACAGUCCAGUUGCAGGUGGUCGAACUGGAUUUCCUCCAUAUGGUUCUGGUUAUGGAAUUGGUAUCAAUUAUGAGCCAGGUUUGAGCCCAGGAUUUGGUGGAAAUGCAAACUUUAAUAGUACUAUGAGCUACGGGCGGGGUUUGAGUCCUUAUUAUAUCAAUGUUUCAAAUAGGUUUAGCAGCCCCAUUGGGUAUGAUGGCAAUAAUGGAGGAAACACAUCUUCGUUUUUCAGCUCAGAGACUCAGAACUUGUGGGGGAAUGGGAAUGGGAAUGGGAAUGGGGGUGGUCUUAAUUAUGGAACAAACUCCACAAAUGGCAAUGCUUACAUUGGAUCAGGAAGUGGGACCAUUGGAGGACGUACGUUUGGAAAUUCUGGAGCUAAUUGGCCUUCUUCAGCAAUGUCAGCUCAAGGCGGAGGAAAUAAUGUUACUAACAAUAGCAGGAAUCUUGGUUACGGAGUCAGGGAUAGCAGUUACGGUCUGGGAAGUGGAGGGUAUGGAAGAAACAGUGGUGCAAGUGUGGCCCCAACGUCUUCAUUUGCUGCAUCAAAUGGUGGUGGUUUUGAUGGUUCCUUGGCUGACUUUUACAGUAGUAAUUCCGUUUAUGGAGACCCUACUUGGAGAUCAUCAAAUUCUGAUCAAGAUGGACCUGGUCCCUUUGGUUAUGGGCUUGGCAGAGCAGCCUCUGAUGUUUCAGCUAAAAGUUCUCCUGGUUAUGUUGGUGGUUAUAGUGUUAAUAAGAGACAGCCAAAUACAGGAAUUGCUGCCUAGGAUCGUCAUUUCUGAUAUCACGACACUGUAGGUGAAGAUAAUGAAGCAGGUGAAUUGUGAAUUUUGCGCACCACCGCCAUUUAUAUAUUACAGCAAGAGAAAUUUGGUUAGUAAGAGCUAACUGGGAGUGGCUGUUUUGAAGAAGUCAAAUUUAGUGUUAGAGGUUAAAAAAAUGGGUUUUGUGUUAAUUCUGUGAGUUUUGAGUUACGAUUUUAGGUUUUUUGUUUUGGUCUUUGAGUGAGAUGUAAAACCAGAUUGCGGGAUAUAGUCACAAGUGUAUCAUGCAUCUCCGGUGAGGCGACGAUACCCAAAAGAAAAAGAGGAAAAACCAAAAAAAUCAAAAGAGAGAGACUGAUACAUUUUUUUUUCCCUCUAGAAUUUUAUCUGUACAAUCUCCUGGCCAAGUUGUGGGUUCUGGUAAGGGAUGGCUUUUUUUUCUUUUUUUUUUUCAUUCAUUUUUUUUUUUUUUUACCAUCAUUUGGUUUGUUUUUACUGUACCUGAGAUUAAUGUUGAUUUAAUAUUAGUGUGAAACAUUUGAAGGGUUACCCAUGAAUAAGUGAUCGCAUAUUCUGAUUCUUA